AUGGUUACCUCCUACAAUAUGGUGGCAACGCAGGCACGCCAGGAGGCAAGCUAUACGACGUCUAUGUUGUCAGCAGAAGAGACAGUUCCAAAAGGAAGACGAAGCCCGGAUAUUGAUCGUCCAAAUAUGUCCACGAGAAGAAUGGUGCUGGUGGGGAAGACUGGAGCUGGGAAAAGUUCUUCAGGAAACACCAUCCUGGGUGAUCGAGUUUUCAGGGCUGCUAAAAGUGGAUCCUCUAUCACUAAAGAGUGCUGGAAGGAGACAGAAUGGGUGGGAGACACUGAAGUGGUUCUGGUGGACACUCCUGGUCUCUUUGAUACCUCACUUUCAGAAAGAGAUUUACAAAAGGAGAUUAGUAAGUGCAUUAACAUGACUUCUCCAGGACCCCACGCCAUCAUACUGACCAUUCAGCUCGGACCCUUCACUAAAGAAGAUGUUUUAGCUGUAAAAAAGAUCAAAGCAAUCUUUGGUGAGGAAGCAGUCAGAUACACCAUCAUCCUCUUCACUCAUGGUGAUGAACUCCCUGAAACCAUUGAAGAACAUCUGAAAAAGGCACCCAGACAGCUGACACAGCUCAUAGAUUCAUGUGGAGGAAGGUACCAUGUCUUUGACAACACUAAAAUGGAUGAUCGCACUCAGGUUCUGAAGUUCCUGAAUAAAGUUGAAGAUAUGCUAGUAUGUAAUGGUGGUAAAUACUACACUAGCAACAUGUUUCAGCAUGUAGACCAAGAGCUGAGGGCUAAAGAGGAGGAGUUACAGAAACUGUAUGAGCAUAAACUUAGGGUACAAGAGCAGGAACUUACAGAAAGGUUUGAAGAAGAGAAGAGAAAAUUACAAGCUUUAAAUCAAGACCUAAAGCAGUUAAUCAGAAUUCAGGAGCAGGAGCUGAGUGAAUACAGGCGCUUUUAUAAUAGGAAGCGUAAAUGUGUUAGACAGGAAGCAGAACAAACAGCAGUCAAUGAAAAUAUACCUGAGAUCUCUAAUAGACUGAAGAAAAUAAUAAUCUGA